CAAUACUAGUUUGAAAGAGGAACACGUCCUUCUUCUCUUCUUACAGUUCCUCAUCUUCAUCUUACCCUCCCAAACUACCAUCUAUCCAUUCACUAAAAAUCAAACCUUUCUUCAAAGUUUCAAUCUUUAACCAUGGCAAGUUCAACCCUUUUCUCUUCUGUAGCUAUAGCAUCUCUCACUCUCUCAAAAAACCCACUUCAAUCAUCUUUUCUUCAUUCCUCACCAAACCCUUCUUCUCUUCUUACUCUUAACGUUCUUCCAAAGAAACUCACAAAAUCCAACAAACUAAGAACCCUAAUUGUUGCAAAAUCCAAUGACAGUGAUUCAGCUGAUGCUGGUGACCGUUUAAUUUCAGCUCUUUGUUACUUUUACCCUUUUUUUGAUGGUGUUCAAUAUGGAAAAUUUGUAAUCACUCAAUUUUAUCCUAUUCAAGCUAUUAUUCAACCAUUGAUUCCUGCAAUUAGGGUUUUUAAAAGUUUCCCCUUUAAUGGGUUUCUUGUGUUUUUAACACUUUACUUUUUUGUUGUCAGAAACCCUAAUUUCAGUAGAUAUGUGAGGUUCAAUACAAUGCAAGCUAUUGUUCUUGAUGUGCUGUUGAUUUUUCCUGAUCUUUUGGAAAGAGGGUUUAAUCCAACGGGUGGAAUAGGAUUGGAUUUGUUGAUGAGUUUGGAUAGCACUGUGUUUUUGUUCUUGUUGGUGUGUUUGAUUUAUGGUUCUUCUUCUUGCAUUAUCGGUCAAUUGCCUAGAUUACCUAUUGUUGCUGAUGCUGCUGAUAGGCAAGUUAUGUGAAUGUAGUUUUUAUUUGUAAUUGUAUAGAAACUUAUUUGGUAGUGGAAAAAAGAUUGCUUUUUCACUUAAUUAUUAGCAAUCCUAGAAUGUUGUAAGGAAACAGAUUUUAUUUGUUUCAUAUAUUUAUGUGCUGUUAUGAUUUUCAAAUUCA